CAAGGCUCGGUUAUCCAGGCAUUCAGGGGGCCUCGAUACGAUCCGACUUUCGAGUGCCUGUCCCAGCCGGCCCGCGGUCCACGUCUGGAAAGGUCCUAUUGCGUACAGUCAAGAACGAGAGGCAAGCAGCAUAAACAGGUCACUCGCCUGAAUGUCGCAAUCACUGAAGGCCAUCUUUGGGGAGCUAGGCAUCUCGCAGUAUCUGGAUGCGUUCCUCGAACAGGGUUUUGACACUUGGGAGACCAUCUUGGACAUCACCGAAUCUGACCUCGAUGCGUUGGGUGUGAAGUUGGGCCACCGGCGGAAACUCCAAAGGCGAAUAGCCAACUCGCGCGGAAUUGCACCGGAUGCGUCCUUGGUGUCGCCGACACAGGCAGCAAUCGAGGAUCUCAAGUUGCAGGAUGGCAUCCAUCCAGAGCCACCGGCAGCCGAGGGCCGAGAGACGGUUGGUACUGUCGUCACAAAGAGGAAGUACCGACGGCAUCCAAAGCCGGACGAGAACGCGCCAGAGCGACCUCCCUCGGCCUAUGUGCUCUUCUCCAACAAAAUGCGGGAGGAGCUCAAGGGCCGUAAUCUGAGCUUCGCGGAGAUCGCCAAGCUGGUCGGCGAGAACUGGCAGAACUUGAGCGCCGCGGAGAAGGAACCUUUCGAGGCACGGGCCCAAGCCAUCAAGGACAAAUACCUGGCCGACCUGGCCGAGUACAAGAAGACGCCGCAGUACAGCCAGUACCAAGCCUAUCUCCGGGAGUUCAACGCAAAGCACGGCUCACCAUCCCAAGACAAGGAUGCAUCCAAAAGAGUUAGGCUAUCCGGGCAUGGAGGUCAAGGUCGCGGCAGUCCCGGUGCCAUCACUACGAGGACGAGCCGGAGUGGGAGCGGCGCGAACAGCCGCCGCGGAAGCCCGCCGACCAGUGCCAGGCAAAGGAUCUCUUCGGUCAUCUCCAGCGAUUCGCAGUACACGAGUUCCUUGGCCCCGUCAACAUCCAUCACGUCCCCCGAGGAUUCGGCCUUCUCCCCCACCGAAAGCAAUCCGGACCAGCAGCACGCAAUGAACCGCUCGCCCCCGAUCAAAUUGGAGCCCAAGGAGCAGUCACCGUUGCUAAGCCCCCGUCAUGCCAGCCAGCGGGACGAUCAAGGCCGGGAGCAGUCGAGCAUGCACAGGCAUCUGCCGUCGCUCUCCGACCUCUUUGAUGGGCAGGGUUUACCGGGCACAAUGCGCCAGCCAAGCGACCCCAGUGGUUAUCGUUUUCCCGGAGCUCACAUCACGGGCAGCCCGGGGCGUCCGCUGGGCCAUCGUGGCGCCGAUGCGCGUUCGCCACCAAUGACCAACGGCACCGAGCAUCGUUAUAGUGAUGAUUCUUCGUCCUCACACCCUCCCUUCGGCCUCCCCCGGCCAUCAGUCGACGGUCCCUUGCCGAUACAUGCCCUCUUGGACUCGAUGCCCGAACCUACAUUCCGCAGCCAUCAACCGGCCCCGCUGCAGCCCCCAAAUACUCACCUAGCCACCGAACAAAACCAUAACCCGAGCCCUGUGCACCAGUCACCAAGUAGCGGCUCGGGUCGACAGAUAAUUAAUGGUACUUUUGUUUUUCUCUUCUCAAGGUCGAUCGAGAUUGUGUAUAGUGUUACUGAACUAGGCGCCCAAAGGUUACCAUCACCAUCACUCGGCGUCGCCCCUCUCGCAUUAUCCCUCUUCUACCAACGAGUAUCAAAUUAAUCAAGCC